UAAACACCCCGGGGAGGACUUCUUCACACUGCUCCUGGCCCCUGUGUCCUCCUUCUCGGCUCUCCAUUUCGUCGUAGGCUGUGAAGAAAAGAAACCGGCAACAUGUCUGACAAGAAGAUGAAUUCAAGCCGCAGGCAUCAUCUGAAGAGUUUGAUGCUGUCGAUCGCGGCCAACUGGAUUCAGCAGGAGAAAAAGGACCUCGUAGUCGCCAAAGAGGCCUACAUGGCUGAGAACUGUCCCAAACCCUCCCUGAGCGGAGAUCAGGCUUCCCUCAUGGAAACUUGCAAAAAGCUGCACGCCCUCCUCGACAAAGUGGAUGAAGAGAGGUACGACAUGGAGGCCAAAGUGGGCAAAGCUGAUAAAGAGAUUGAAGACCUGAAGAUCAAGGUGGUCGACCUGGCUGGCGUAAAGAAACCCGCCCUGAAGAAAGUGCGUAUGUCUGCUGACGCCAUGCUGAAGGCGCUGCUGGGCUCCAAACAUACGGUCAACAUGGACCUGAGGGCCAACCUGAAGCAGGUCAAGAAGGAGGUCAAAGAGGAGCCGGCUGAGGCGGUGGGUGACUGGCGUAAGAACAUUGAGGACAAAGCUGACAGGAAGAAGAUGUUCGAGACGUCUUAAGGAAAACCACUUCGCUCUUGUAAUCGCUUUGAGCUGCGCUUUUUAUGGAAUUUCUGGAUUUUUUGCAUUGAAAAACAGAACUUUUGUUUCAUUAAAUCUGUCAGUUUCAGCUCAACCUGUCAUUGUAAAUGUGUUAAAGCAGUGAUUUAGAUGAGAAAUCCCCCCCGUAGAUUCAAAGCUCUCCGAAGGCCCCAACACACCAAGGAGAUCGACGGCCGUCGGGUGAGCGGUCGUCGCCCUAGUUUUUGCAAAGUGUCCAGCUCCAUCGCUGCCCGCCGGCCAUUUCUCGGCCAAUUCAACAUGUGGAGUCGAUGACAAAAAGACAAACAGAAGUGAUGAAAGCAAAUGAACAACUUCAACUUUUUAUCAGACAUUAUUCUCGACUAGAAGUUCCGAUAUUACGAGUGGUGAGCGACAGCGGUGUGAAAAUGGUAUCUUCUUGUAUCAUAACAGUUUAUUUAUCCCCGUUCUUCCAUUGUCCUCGUUCUCGUCAGCUUUCCUCUUUUUGAAUAAUGAUUACAGACUACCGCCGCCUGCUGGCAUGGAGAGUUAUUUCCUCUCACUCAUGAGCAGAAUGUACGUGGUGGUUGGCCAUCGGCUGUCGUCUUUAUGAUGUGUUCAAGUGCAACUUUUUGGCCAAGACAAAAGGCGUCCUGAGGCCUUUGUAGCCACUAGUUCCUUGCCGUCUGCUCGGUGUGUCAGGGCCUUUAAUGAUUUCAGACUUUGUUCUGUAGCGGUGCUUCCUUGUUUCUCUCAUGUUCACUUUUGACAACUUCCUGCUCGUAGUCGUGUUUUUGUAAUAAACCUUUUGUUUCCUACAAUCA